GAUAAGAACGUGUAACGUAUAGGAUAAAAUUACAGCAAUAUAGUAAAUUACUAAAAUGAAAUUCAUUUCAGGACUGUUUUCUUCUUUUAGCGAUAAAAAGGUGUUUGUGAGCAACGAUGACAUUAAAAAUCACACUUUUGCUAUUGGCAUUUCUUUUGGUGUUUGUAAAAACAUCCGAAUCAAAGUCGCUUAGAGACAUGCAGAGGGUAAAAUAUAAGAACAGUAAGAAUACCAACUUUAUUAAACGUUCAGAAAAUAACAAUGGGGGAGGAAAUGGAGUAGUAAGAUGUAAUGAUCACAACGAGUGUCCAGCCGGGUUUGCCUGCCUAUUGCCCGGCUUUGAACAGGCAAAUUCCAAAGCAAAUAAGAGGUGCUACCAAUGCAACUGUACAGACCCGAGUCAGUGUUUCUUUCAAGAUAAACAAAUGAAGUGUGAUUGUUGUGGCUCUGGAUUCACAGGGCAAUUUUGUCAAAUAAAUAUAGACGAUUGCAUAAAUGCGGUUUGUUUAAAUGGUGCUACCUGUGAGGAUUCAGUGAAUGACUACACCUGCCAUUGUACGCCAGGUUUCACAGGAACACAUUGUGAAAUAGAUAUAGACGAUUGCACAAGUGCGAGUUGUUUAAACAAUGGCACCUGUGUGGAUUUAGUGAAUGACUACACCUGCCAAUGUACGCCAGGUUUCACAGGAACAAACUGCGGAAUAGAUAUAGACGAUUGCAUAAAUGCGGUUUGUUUAAAUGGUGCUACCUGUGAGGAUUUUGUUAAUGACUACACCUGCCAUUGUACGCCAGGUUUCACAGGAACACAUUGUGAAAUAGAUAUAGACGAUUGCACAAGUGCGAGUUGUUUAAACGGUGCAACCUGUGUGGAUUUAGUGAAUGACCAUACCUGCCAAUGUACGCCAGGUUUCACAGGAACAAACUGCGGAAUAGAUAUAGACGAUUGCAUAAAUGCGGUUUGUUUAAACGGUGCUAACUGUGAGGACUUUGUUAAUGACUACACCUGCCAUUGUACGCCAGGUUUCACAGGAACACAUUGUGAAAUAGAUAUAGACGAUUGCACAAUUGCGAGUUGUUUAAACGGUGCUACCUGUGUGGAUUUAGUGAAUGGCUACACCUGCUGUUGUGCGCCAGGCUUCACAGGAACACACUGUGAAAUAGAUAUAGACGAUUGCAUAAAUGCGGUUUGUUUAAACAAUGGCACAUGUGAAGAUUUAGUGAACGCCCAUACCUGCCAAUGUACGCCAGGUUUCACAGGAACAGUCUGUGAAUCAGUUUAUAAAGAUCCAUGUCUACCGGGGUGGUUUUAUGACAGAAAUAGCUGUUAUCUCUACGUCAGCACUACGUUUAACUGGCUAUCGGCAGUUUCUUACUGCCAGUCCCUAGACCCGAACGCCUAUCUUGUCGAGAUAACAGAUGAUGCUGAAAACACACUUGUAUACACAAUAUCAAGUUAUGCCGAUGUUUGGAUUGGUUUAUCAGACAGUGACUCAGAAGGAAAUUUUUAUUGGGAAUAUUCUGGGGACAACUUAAUAUUUACGCCAGGCAUUUUAUACUUUAGUGGAAGCGAUAGUAGAGACUGUGUUUUUAUGCACGGUACACACUGGGAUGUGGGCUAUUGUUCAAAUAACCGACCUAUAGUAUGCGAAAUGCCAGAGCAGUAAAACGUGGAAACACAAUGGGGCCAAGUCAAUGGAUGACUACUGAAUUACAUUUCAUAACCUUUGUUUUCUUAUUUCGUUAAAAUUAAUAAUUACAACACACUCUGUGUGAGCGGGCGCUGCGUAUUUACUAUUAUUUUCUAAAUGUUGAGGAAAUCGCUCCAAAAAAUUAAGAAAUCUAUAUUUUGCUUAUUUCUGGAGUCAGAAAGGUAGCAAAGAGAGUGUAAUGUUUGUAAGUUAUGUGCUGGAUUUGAAAAUGUAUUGCUUUUCUUUUCUUUUCUUUUCUUUUCAUGGGUUUAAUUAUUUUGAGGGGUUCUUGGCAUGAACGUGUAGAAUUUGGGGCGAAUCCAAUGUUCAGGAGACGAGUAGAAUUUAGUUCAGGAGACGAGUAGAAUUUGGGGCGAAGCCAAUGUUCAGAAGACGAAUGAAAAAUAAUAUUGUUUAAUUAUCAUAUAAAUUUUGUUAUCAUUAUUUCAUGUGGGAACAUAUAGCAAAUAAAUUUAUGGGACAAAAUUGCGUUUGUUUUAUUAACUGACUUUGUCAUCAUUAUUCCACACAGACACUUGGGGUGUGGAGCUCAAAACUCCUUUAAAAUCCAGAUUAAAUGCAUAUUUGUCAAUCCCAGCACAUGUACUGAUCAUAAAUAUAAAAAAAAACCUUAAGGCGUUU